UCCAGAGGCCGGACCGGCGGGUGGACGGGCACGGGGCCCGGGGCGCGAGGAGCCCGAGCAGGGCGGCCAUGCAGAGCGGGGGUACGGGGGCUCGCGGCAGCAGGAGCAGCAGCGCGGGAAUGAAGCAAGGACCCCCGGCUCCAGCCCAGGGCUCUCAGGCAUCAGUGCAGUAGAGGCGACAGAUUCGGAUCAGGUCUGCUGCUGGCCGCGGCCAUGGCCCCGGAGGCCGCCCCUCGGCGGGGGAUGGUCCCCCUGCUGCCCGCUCUCGUCUUCCUCGCGCUGGUGGUGGGCGCCCAGGCAGACAGUAAGCCCACGUUCGUGAAGGCCCCCGAGGACCAGACGGGGCUGUCGGGGGGCGUGGCCUCCUUCGUGUGCCAGGCCACUGGCGAGCCCAAGCCCCGGAUCACCUGGAUGAAAAAGGGCAAGAAGGUCAGCUCGCAGCGGUUUGAGGUAAUCGAGUUCGAUGAUGGGGCCGGGUCUGUGCUCCGCAUCCAGCCGCUGCGGGUGCACCGCGACGAGGCCAUCUACGAGUGCACGGCCACUAACAGCCUGGGCGAGAUCAACAUCAGCGCCAAGCUCACCGUGCUGGACGAGGAUCAGCUGCCUCAUGGCUUCCCCACCAUUGACAUGGGACCCCAGCUGAAGGUGGUGGAGAAGGCCAGGACAGCCACCAUGCUCUGUGCUGCCGGGGGCAACCCUGACCCCGAGAUCUCCUGGUUCAAGGACUUCUUGCCCGUGGAUCCAGCUGCUAGCAAUGGCCGCAUCAAGCAGCUCCGCUCAGGGGGCUCGCCGAUCAGAGGAGCUCUGCAGAUCGAGAACAGCGAGGAGUCGGACCAGGGCAAGUACGAGUGCGUGGCGACCAACUCGGCGGGCACGCGCUACUCGGCGCCCGCGAACCUCUACGUGCGAGUGCGUCGGGUGGCUCCCCGUUUCUCCAUCCCCCCCAGUAACUACGAGGUGAUGCCCGGGGGCAGCGUGAACCUGACCUGUGUGGCCGUGGGCGCCCCCAUGCCCUACGUCAAGUGGAUGGCUGGGGCCGAGGAGCUCACUCGGGAAGACGAGAUGCCCGUCGGCCGCAACGUGCUGGAACUCACCAACAUCGUCCAGUCGGCCAAUUACACUUGUGUGGCCAUCUCCUCCUUGGGCCUGAUCGAAGCCACUGCCCAGAUCACUGUCAAAGCGCUGCCCAGGCCCCCCAUCGAGCUGGUGGUGACCGAGACCACGGCCACCAGCGUGACCCUGACCUGGGACUCGGGGAACGCGGAGCCCGUGUCCUACUACGGCAUCCAGUACCGCCCGACGGCCGGCGACAGCACCUUCCAGGAGGUGGACGGCGUGGCCACCACCCGCUACAGCAUCGGCGGCCUCAGCCCCUUCUCGGAGUACGAGUUCCGCGUGCUGGCCGUGAACAACAUCGGGCGCGGGCCGCCCAGCGAGCUGGUGACGGCCCGCACCGGGGAGCAGGCGCCCUCCAGCCCGCCCCUGCGCGUGCAGGCCCGCAUGCUGAGCGCCAGCACCAUGCUGGUGCAGUGGGAGCCCCCGGACGAGCCCAACGGGCUGGUGCGCGGCUACCGCGUCUACUACACGCCCGACGCCCUGCUGCCCCUCAGCUCCUGGCACAAGCACAACACGGACGACAGCCACCUCACCACCGUGGGCAGCCUGGUCACCGGCAUCACCUACAGCAUCCGCGUGCUGGCCUUCACCGCCGUCGGCGACGGGCCGCCCUCCCCCCCCAUCCAGGUCAAGACGCAGCAGGGAGUGCCCGCCCAGCCCGCAGACUUCCAGGCCGAGGCCGAGUCGGACACCAGGGUGCUGCUGUCGUGGCUGCUGCCGCCCCAGGAGCGAAUCACCAAGUACGAGCUGCUCUACUGGGAAGGAGAAGACGGGCCCCAGCAAAAAGUGACCUUCGACCCGACCUCGUCCUACGUCCUGGAGGACCUGAAGCCAGACACCCUGUACCGCUUCCAGUUGGCUGCCCGCUCCGACCUGGGGGUGGGGGUGUUCACGCCCCCCAUCGAGGCUCGCACAGAGCAGUCCACCCCCUCUGCCCCUCCCCAGGACGUUCGGUGCGUCAGUACCAGCUCCACCACGGUCUGGGUAAGUUGGGUCCCGCCUCCGGCCGCCAGCCGCAAUGGCGUCAUCACCCAGUACUCCAUCGCCUACCAGGCGGUGGAUGGCGAGGACACUGCCCGACACGUGGUGGACGGCAUUGGACCAGACAGCUCCAGCCGAGAGAUCCAGGACCUGGAGAAGUGGACAGAGUACAGGGUGUGGGUGCGGGCCCACACGGACGUGGGGCCGGGCCCCGAGAGCCCCCCGGUGCUGGUGCGCACCGAUGAGGACGUGCCCAGCGCACCCCCGAGAAAGGUGGAGGUGGAGUCGGUGAAUUCCACCGCUGUGCACGUGUCCUGGAAGCUGCCCGUGUCCAGCAAACAGCACGGCCAGAUCCGCGGCUACCAGGUCACUUACGUGCGGCUGGAGAACAACGAGCCCCGCGGGCAGCCCAUCAUCAAGGACGUGAUGCUCGCCGAAGCUCAGUGGCGGCCGGAGGAGUCAGAGGACUAUGAGACCACCAUUGGAGGCCUGACCCCAGAAACCACCUACUCCAUCACCGUGGCUGCCUACACGACCAAAGGGGACGGAGCCCGGAGCAAGCCCAAGAUCGUCACCACCACGGGGGCAGUCCCAGGCCGGCCCACCAUGAUGGUCAGCACCACAGUCAUGAACACCGCCCUCAUCCAGUGGCACCCGCCCAAGGACGUGCCGGGCGAGCUGCUGGGCUACCAGCUGCAGUACCAGCGGGCGGACGAGGAGAAGCCGACCACGGAGGCCUUCGGCCACGAGGACCACCACUUUACCGUGACCGGCCUGCACAAGGGCGCCACGUACAUCUUCCGCCUGUCGGCCAGGAACCGGGCGGGCCCCGGCGAGGCGGCCGAGAAGGAGGUCACCACCCCCGAAGACGCCCCCAGUGGCUUCCCGCAGAACCUGCAGGUGGUCGGCUUGACCACGUCGACCACGGAGCUGCGGUGGGACCCGCCCGUGCUGGCCGAGCGCAACGGGCGCAUCACCAAUUACACCGUGGUGUACCGGGACAUCAACAGCCAGCAGGAGCAGCAGAGCGUCACCGGCGGCACCCGGCUCACCCUGGCCGGCCUCCUGCCCGACACCACCUACGACGUCAAGGUCCGCGCCCACACCAGCCGCGGCCCGGGGCCGCUCAGCCCCAGCAUCCAGUCGCGGACCAUGCCCGUGGAGCAAGUGUUCGCCAAGAACUUCCGGGUCAAUGCUGUGAUGAAGACGUCGGUGCUGUUGAGCUGGGAGGUCCCCGACUCCUACAAGUCUUCAGUGCCAUUCAAGAUCCUUUAUAAUGGACAGAGUGUGGAGGUGGAUGGUCACUCCAUGAAGAAGCUGAUCCGGGACUUGCAGCCCAACACCGAGUACUCCUUUGUGCUGAUGAGUCGCGGGAGCAGUGCUGGCGGCCUGCAGCACCUAGUAUCCAUCCGCACGGCCCCUGACCUCCUGCUGCAGAAGCCCCUGCCCAUGGCCAAGUACAUGGAGGAUGGCCGCUUUACCCUCACGCUCCCCAGGGUAGAGACCAAGUCGGCCAUAAGGUGGUUCUAUAUCGUGGUGGUACCCAUCGACCGCCUGGCUGGCGGCCCCCUCAGCCCUCGUUGGCAGACGCCAGAUGAGCUUGAGCUGGAUCAGUUGCUGGAGGCCAUUGGCCAGGGAGGUGCAGCAGCACGGCGACGGCGGCAGAUAGAGCGGCUGAAGCCCUAUGUGGCGGCUCAGGUGGAUGAACUGCCUGAGACCUUCACUCUCGGUGACAAGAAGAACUACAACGGCUUCUAUAACCGGCCUCUGUCCCCGGACCUCAGCUACCACUGCUUUGUGCUGGCUGCGCUGGAGGCGGGCGACACGAGACAGUACGCGGCCAGCCCCUACUCCGACGAGAUCCUCGUGGAAGUGUCCUCGGCUAAGCAGCAGGAUGAGCCCGAGAUGCUGUGGGUCAUGGGCCCUGUGCUGGCCGUCAUCCUCAUCAUCCUCAUCGUCAUUGCCAUCCUCCUCUUCAAGAGGAAACGGACCAACUCCCCUUCAGCCAAGGACGAGCAGGCCGUGGGGCUGAAGGACUCCCUGCUGGCCCACUCCUCCGACCCCGUGGAGAUGAGAAGGCUCAACUAUCAGACCCCAGGUUCCAGUGUCCCCAGUUGCCCGAACAUCUCAAGCAUGCGGGACCACCCGCCCAUCCCCAUCACGGACCUGGCCGACAACAUCGAGCGGCUCAAGGCCAAUGACGGCCUGAAGUUCUCCCAGGAGUAUGAGUCCAUUGACCCCGGGCAGCAGUUCACCUGGGAGAACUCGAACCUGGAGGUCAACAAGCCCAAGAACCGCUACGCCAACGUGAUCGCCUACGACCACUCCAGGGUCAUUCUCGCGUCCAUCGACGGGGUCCCUGGCAGCGACUACAUCAACGCCAACUACAUCGACGGCUACCGCAAGCAGAACGCCUACAUCGCCACCCAGGGGCCCCUGCCCGAGACCCUCGGAGACUUCUGGCGCAUGGUGUGGGAGCAGCGGACGGCCACCAUCGUCAUGAUGACGCGGCUGGAGGAGAAGUCCCGGGUGAAAUGCGACCAGUACUGGCCCAGCCGGGGCACGGAGACCUACGGGUUUGUCCAGGUGACGCUGCUGGACACGGUGGAGCUGGCCACCUACACCGUCCGCACCUUCGCCCUCUACAAGACCGGCUCCAGUGAGAAGCGGGAGCUUCGUCAGUUCCAGUUCCUGGCCUGGCCUGACCACGGGGUCCCCGAGUAUCCAACCCCCACCCUGGCCUUCCUGCGCAGGGUCAAGGCCUGCAACCCCCUGGAUGCCGGGCCCAUGGUGGUGCAUUGCAGUGCCGGCGUGGGCCGGACCGGCUGCUUCAUCGUCACGGACGCCAUGCUGGAGCGCAUGAAACACGAGAAGACCGUGGACAUCUACGGGCACGUGACCUGCAUGCGCUCCCAGCGCAACUACAUGGUUCAGACGGAGGACCAGUACGUCUUCAUCCACGAGGCGCUCCUGGAAGCCGCCACGUGCGGCCACACGGAGGUGCCGGCCCGAAGCCUCUACGCGCACAUCCAGAAGCUGGGCCAGGUGCCGCCCGGGGAGAGCGUGACCGCCAUGGAGCUGGAGUUCAAGCUGUUGGCGAGCUCCAAGGCUCACACGUCGCGAUUCAUCAGCGCCAACCUUCCCUGCAACAAGUUCAAGAACCGGCUGGUGAACAUCAUGCCCUACGAGCUGACCCGAGUGUGCCUGCAGCCCAUCCGGGGGGUGGAAGGCUCAGACUACAUCAACGCCAGCUUUAUCGAUGGCUACAGGCAGCAGAAGGCCUACAUCGCCACCCAGGGGCCGCUGGCUGAGAGCACGGAGGACUUCUGGCGCAUGCUCUGGGAGCACAACUCCACCAUCGUGGUGAUGCUGACCAAGCUUCGCGAGAUGGGCCGGGAGAAAUGCCAUCAGUAUUGGCCGGCCGAACGCUCCGCCCGCUACCAGUACUUUGUGGUGGACCCCAUGGCCGAGUACAACAUGCCCCAGUACAUCCUGCGGGAGUUCAAGGUCACGGACGCCAGGGACGGCCAGUCGAGGACCAUCCGCCAGUUCCAGUUCACAGACUGGCCCGAGCAGGGCGUGCCCAAGACUGGCGAGGGCUUCAUCGACUUCAUCGGGCAGGUGCACAAGACCAAGGAGCAGUUUGGGCAGGACGGGCCCAUCACCGUGCACUGCAGCGCUGGGGUCGGCCGCACGGGUGUGUUCAUCACGCUGAGCAUCGUCCUGGAGCGCAUGCGCUACGAGGGGGUGGUGGACAUGUUCCAGACCGUGAAGACCCUGCGCACACAGAGACCCGCCAUGGUGCAGACAGAGGACCAGUACCAGCUGUGUUACCGAGCGGCGCUGGAGUACCUGGGCAGCUUCGAUCACUAUGCAACGUAACCUCCGCUCGCUCCCUCCGUCCUCACCCUCAUCCCCGUCCCGUCCUGGGGCCCGGCAGGGGCGUCGGAGCCGCUCUGAGCCAUAGAGACCACGGGCCUGCCCCUCCCCCCCACGGCGGCGGCCCGGGCUCAGACCACAGCGCCCCAGGACCACUCCCCACACCCCAGAGCCAAACGCGUCUGGGGGGGCGGCUGCCGCCCCCACGCGCCUCAUGCUGCUUCUCCCCGGGCGGGCGGGCGAGGCUCCUUUUGUACUCAGUUCAAGUAGGGGUAGCUGGGCGGGUUUUGUAACCUUCUGAUUUCCCUCCUCGGUGGGCGGUGAAGGGUCCGCGCCCCGCGCUCGCGGGGACUUUCUCACUCUCGAACCUUUUCUUUGUGUUUACUCUUCUUGAUACAAAUAAACAGAAGAUGCCUUUCCUCCUGGGGAGCCCCUCGGGGAGCGGCCUCCCAGCCAGGGUCCCGGCGGCGGGCGGCAGGGGCCGCCCCGGGAGGAGCUCGGGCUCCCCGCAGCUGCAGGGGCCGCCACUGAUUCUGUUCUUUUUCCUUUGGUUUUCCUUAAAGGCCUUUUUUUAGGUGCCACAGCUGUUGGGGGGAGGGGGGAGGGAAGGGGGCCUGGGGGAGAGGGGAAAUACUCAGCUCCAAUCAUCUAUUCCAAUGCGUGUUUCAGAAUUACAGCCUGGUACUGAAGCGUCUGGGGAGACCCCGGGAGGGCGCGCCCGUCACCCCUGGGUUUGCAGAGAUUAAAAAUACUCUCCCGCCUCCGCGUGUGGCGGGAGCCGGAGCGCCCGCCCCGCUCUGGGCGCCCCGCCUCCUCUCGCCUCCUCUGCUGCCCCGGGCUGGGCGGGCAGCGGGGCCGGGCAAGGCCCAACCGAUCAGGAGAGCGUCCGGCGCGCACAGGGAAGAGCACAAUUCCGAGCCCAGCCCCCACCCUGGGCGGCGCCCGGGCCAGCCGGAAGCACACUUGUCCCCCGGACGCGGGGGCCCCGCCCCCACCUGUAGCUGUUUUCUAGGAGUUCAUCAUCACAACCAACGUUCGACUUCAGGGUGUCCUCAUGAACCAAUGUGGCCAGACUACUGGACUCGGUGUACCUAGUCGCAUCCCCCCUCGCUCAGGGGCGCGCCGGGCCGCCCGGCCAGCGGGGGGCGGGCCCUCGGGUCACUGCGGGAGGAGCCAAUGUCCAUUUCUGCCUUGUGGGUGUAGUGCUGUUGGGUGGGUGCGCGCUGUAUGCCACGCGUCUGUUUUCUACUUGUUAUGAGACUGCGGCGUCAUUGCAUAAUUCUGGAUGUUAAUAAAUUUGAAUAAUCGGGUUUCAUA